UAUUUCUCUUCCAUAGAAGGCAAAGUUCAACUGGGACCCGGAAACAGUUGGAAUGAUCCAUGGCUCGUUUUUCUGGGGAUAUAUUGUGACACAAAUUCCCGGAGGAUACAUUUGUUCUAGACUGGCGGCAAACAGGGUAUUCGGCGCAGCCAUUUUCCUCACGUCCACACUGAAUAUGUUCAUCCCCACAGCUGCACGUGCUCACUAUGGUUGCGUCAUAUUCGUCAGGAUAUUACAAGGGCUUGUAGAGGGUGUGACCUACCCAGCCUGUCAUGGGAUCUGGAGUAAAUGGGCUCCUCCACUGGAAAGAAGCCGUCUAGCCACAACCUCUUUCUGUGGUUCCUAUGCUGGAGCUGUCAUUGCCAUGCCUCUAGCUGGGAUCCUGGUGCAGUACACUGGCUGGUCAUCUGUUUUCUACGUAUAUGGGUGUUUUGGGAUGUUCUGGUAUUUGUUCUGGAUCUUGGUGUCAUAUGAGAGCCCAGCUGUACAUCCCACCAUCACUGCUGAAGAACGCUGCUUCAUUGAGGAGAGUAUCGGAGAGAGCGCUAAGCUGCUAGGACCUGCAGAAAAAUUCAAGACACCUUGGAAGAAAUUUUUCACGUCCAUGCCUGUCUAUGCAAUCAUUGUGGCCAACUUCUGCAGGAGUUGGACCUUCUACUUGCUGCUCAUCAGCCAGCCUGCAUACUUUGAGGAGGUGUUUGGCUUUGAGAUUAGCAAGGUUGGCAUGCUGUCCGCCUUGCCCCAUCUGGUGAUGACCAUUGUAGUACCCAUUGGAGGACAGUUAGCUGAUUACCUUCGCGUCAAAAACAUCCUGUCAACUACAACAGUUCGGAAGAUCAUGAACUGCGGAGGCUUUGGGAUGGAGGCCACUCUCUUAUUGGUUGUUGGUUACUCGCACAGUAAAGGGAUGGCCAUUUCAUUCCUUGUGUUGGCUGUCGGCUUCAGUGGAUUUGCAAUAUCAGGUUUUAAUGUCAAUCAUUUAGACAUCGCUCCUCGCUAUGCCAGUAUCCUCAUGGGAAUCUCUAAUGGAGUGGGAACUCUGUCAGGAAUGGUGUGUCCUCUUAUAGUGGGUGCCAUGACCAAACACAAAACCCGAGAAGAGUGGCAGUAUGUGUUCCUUAUCGCUUCCAUGGUGCAUUAUGGCGCGUUAUCUUUCUAUGGCAUCUUCGCCUCUGGGGAGAAGCAGCCGUGGGCAGAUCCGGAGCAGACCAGUGACGAGAAGUGUGGUUUCAUUGAUGAAGAUGAGCUGGCUGAGGAAACAGGGGACAUCAACCAG